UUCUUCCCCUCACAUCAGUGCCUCACAAUGUCUUCUUCACCUUUGCACACAUUUGCUUUUCUCUUCAUCUGGCUUUCAUGUCAGGCGAGCGCUGUCACAUUUCAACAAUCUGAUCCCCAGAUAGUGAAUGAGGGCACUGAGGUCCAGAUUAAAUGCAGCCAUGAUGAUGCUUCCCUCGUAAUAAUGCUCUGGUAUCAGCAAAGAGAGGACGGUCUGUCUAUGACCCUCAUUGGGUAUGGAUAUGAGAGCUCCCCAACCUACGAGGGUCAGUUUGAAGAACAAUUCCAGAUGACAAGAAACGGUUCAUUGAAAGGAGUUCUGAGUAUACGCAAAGCAACCCUGUCACACUCGGCUGUGUAUUUCUGCGCUGCCAACCAAGCUAAGAGUGUGACGUUUCAGCCGUCUCAUCCAAGAAUAGUCAACGAAACGUCCAGGGUGGAUUUUAAAUGCAGUCACGAUGAUAAUAAUCUUAAUGUAAUGCUCUGGUACCAGCAAACAGAGAGCGGUCUGAUUCAUUUAAUUGGAUACAGCUACACUGGCGGUGACCCCAACUAUGAGCAGCAGUUUAAAGAUCGGUUUAACAUUACACGAGAUGGCGUCCAAACAGGAGCUCUGAUCAUUCCCAGUGUCAAUCUAGCAGACUCUGCUGUGUAUUUCUGCGCCGCCGGUACACAGUGA